AUAAACAUAAAUAUUUCAGUCAUUUCAUGAGAAUCUUACUUUUUAACGAUCUUUGUUGCGGACUGAAAUGGGCGGAGCCAACCGGAAGCAUAACCAAGAUGGCCACCUUCACUGAAAGGAUGGCGCCUGCCUUGGUGCUGUGGCUGGCCGUGUGCUUCAGUGGGACGUGGGCUGUGGACAGGGGCAACUUCAAGACCUGUGACCAGAGUGCCUUUUGCAAACGUCAGCGAGCAUUGAAGCCUGGUGAGUCUCCCUAUCGAGCCCUGCUGGAGACCAUGGAGCUGACCAACACCAGACUCACGCUGCAGCUCAUCAAUGACAACAAUAAGGUGCGUCUGCUGCUCGAGCUCUACCGUCUCCAGGGAAACAUAACAAGGGUGAAGAUUAACGAGCUGAAGCCGCUGAAGCCUCGCUAUGAGGUCCCAGACGUGCUCGUCAGGGAACCGCCUACUGAGCCCCUGUCCCUCUUGUCUCAGGACGAGAACGGGGUAGUGCUCUCCCUGGGGGCGGAGUCUCAGAGGGUCAUCGUCAGCGUCCGGCCCUUCCGCUUGGACAUCAUGGAAGGGCGAGACGUGCUGAUGUCGCUGAACUCGCGCGGCCUGCUGGCGUUUGAGCACCUGAGGAUGCGCAAGGACACUUUCUCCUAUAAAGUAACUAGCACAGUGGCUAGCGUGUGGGAUAAUAUCAAGAGGGUAUUCUCUAGCAGUCAGGCAGACCCAGAGGCCGAGAAGAAAGAGGAGGCUGAUCCGGCAAACCAGGCCGAGACAGCUAAAGAAGAGGACGAGAAAGCAGAAGACGGGAUGUGGGAGGAAACAUUUAAAUCGCAUUCAGACAGCAAACCUAGUGGUCCAUCCUCUAUUAGUUUAGACUUUUCGUUGCCAGGUGUGGAGCACGUCUACGGUAUCCCAGAACACGCAGAUACGCUCAGACUUAAAACAACAGAUAAUGGAGAUCCGUAUCGGCUCUAUAACCUGGAUGUGUUCCAGUACGAGCUGUAUAACCCUAUGGCCCUUUACGGCGCUGUCCCGGUCAUGUUGGCCCACAACGCCCAGCGGACCACAGGCAUCUUCUGGCUCAAUGCUGCUGAGACGUGGGUAGAUAUCAGUUCCAACACAGCUGGAAAGACCGUGUUUGGAAAAAUGCUGGAUUACGUUCAAGGCUCCAGUGAGACUCCACAGACAGACGUGCGCUGGAUCUCUGAAAGCGGCAUCAUCGAUGUCUUCAUUAUGCUUGGACCAACACCCAAAGACGUCUUCUCUCAGUAUGCCUCCCUCACAGGCACCCAGUCCUUCCCUCCCCUGUCUGCUGUGGGUUACCACCAGUGCCGCUGGAACUACAAUGACCAGGAAGACGUGCAGGCGGUGGAUGCCGGCUUCGAUGAGCACGACAUCCCCUAUGACUUUAUCUGGCUUGACAUCGAGCACACGGACGGCAAGCGCUACUUCACCUGGGAUCCUCACAAGUUUGCAACACCAAAGGAAAUGCUGCAGGGUCUCUCAGACAAGAAACGCCAGAUGGUGGCCAUUGUGGACCCUCAUAUCAAAGUAGACAGCAACUACAAGAUCCACAAUGAAAUCCGCAAUCGAGGUUUCUAUAUCAAGAAUAAAGAUGGUGGAGACUACGAGGGCUGGUGCUGGCCUGGUAGUGCCGGCUAUCCAGACUUCACCCGUACGGACAUGAGGGAGUGGUGGGCCAGCAUGUUCGCCUACGAUCAGUAUGAGGGUUCAAUGGAGAACCUGUAUACAUGGAACGACAUGAAUGAGCCGUCAGUCUUCAACGGACCAGAGGUCACCAUGCACAAGGACGCGAUGCACGGAGUCUGGGAGCACCGUGAUGUGCACAACUUGUAUGGCUUCUAUGUGCAAAUGGCCACAGCGGAGGGUCAGAUCCAGAGGUCAGGCGGAGUUGAGCGACCAUUUGUGCUGACCAGAGCCUUCUUUGCUGGGUCGCAGCGCUACGGUGCUGUAUGGACCGGAGAUAAUGCUGCUGAAUGGGACCAUCUGAAGAUCUCUAUCCCCAUGUGUCUGAGCCUGGGCCUGGUUGGAAUCUCUUUCUGUGGUGCUGACGUUGGUGGUUUCUUCAAGUCUCCCAGCACUGAGCUGCUGGUGCGUUGGUACCAGACGGGGGCGUACCAGCCGUUCUUCAGGGCCCACGCCCACCUGGACACCCCCCGCCGCGAGCCCUGGCUGUUUGGUCCUGAAAACACAGCGCUGAUCCGGGAAGCGGUGCGCCAGCGCUACACCCUCCUGCCCUACUGGUACCAGCAGUUCUACCAAGCACAUCGCACUGGAGAGCCCAUCAUGAGACCUCUGUGGGUGGAGUAUCCUCAGGAUCCUGCUACCUUCGCUCUGGAUGACGAGUUCUUGAUCGGAAGAGAUCUGUUGGUGCACCCCGUUACUGAGGAGGGAGCCAGGGGAGUCACCGCCUACCUGCCUGGCAAAGACGAGGUUUGGUUUGACGUCCACACCUUCCAGAAGCACAACGGGGCCCAGAACCUUUACAUCCCUGUCACUAUAAGCUCCAUUCCUGUGUUCCAGCGUGGCGGCUCCAUUAUUCCCAGGAAGAACCGAGUUCGCAGGUCCUCCUCCUGCAUGACGCACGAUCCCUACACUCUAUAUGUGGCUCUUAACCCCCAGAGAACUGCAGAGGGUGAGCUCUACAUUGACGAUGGCCACACCUUCAACUAUGACAAGAAGGAGUUCAUUCACAGGAGGCUUUCCUUCGCCAACAACAUCCUCUCCUCUGUUGACCUGGUUCCAGACGCCCAGUUUUCCACCCGCUCCUGGAUUGAACGUAUUGUCAUACUGGGGGCCAGUAAGCCCAGUAAGGUUACUCUGAAGACUGCAGAUGGUCAGGAGAGCCAGCUAGAGUUCGACUUUGACGCCUCCAUGUCGGUGUUGACGCUUCGCAAGCCCGGCAUGAACGCAGGGUUAGAUUGGAACGUGGUGCUCCAGUAACCAUGGAGACAGGAGAGGAGGAGCAGGAGGAGAAACUGACUGAAAUGGACUGAACACGUGGAGAAAGAGAGGGAGAGGAGGGAACAGACACAAGGCGCUGAUGCCCAUGACUAACUACAGCGAGACAGCAGGAUAGCCAUAAUGGGAAAUAAAGGACAUAAAUGCACACACACAACACAUAAAUACACACAGUUUACAUCCCUACACACACACACACACACACACACACACACACACACACACUCAUGUAGACCUGUCAGUUGAACUGAGCCAUGUAACGUCUCUGCCAUGUCCCUCUUGUGUUCAGUCACACUGUAAUACCUAACAAAAAGAGGCUACUACUAGAUAGAUAAUUCUGUUUGUCACAUUUUUCAAAUAGAGUAACAACUGAGAAAAAUCAUGUCAUUGAAAUGAAUCUCUGGGGUAAAGAAAGAAAACAUUCAGGCACUCUUCUUUUUUGUUUUUCUUCUUUCUUUUUUUUUUUUUAAUAUCGUCCACUUGGUGUAUCCAUCCAGUCUGCCUCAGAAGAAAGAUCGCUGCUCUGGAGGAUCGUUUGCCAUUUAAAAUGAAGGUUCGCAUUCAAAGCACACGCUCCACCUGCUGGUGAUUCCCUCAUAUCUGUUUCUGACUUGAUGCUCUUCGAAAAAAAUUCAUUCCAGCCCUUGUUUAAGCCAAGCGUUCAGAUCAGCUCAGAGCUCAGCCUUCUGCACUCGUGCCACAUUUCAUAUUUCUUGGGGAGGGCUUGUCAACAAUCAGCUGUAUGGCUCCACACUUAAAGGGAUAGGUUGGAUAUUUUAAGGUACUUAUCCAUAGUCGGUGUAUCACAUAGAGUAGAUGGUGGUCGGCAUGCCCUCAUGAGUGGAUAAGCAGACAGGAAUACCGCCACAGAACCUCAUUAGUGUACAGUGGCAGCAAAGCGUAUUUUAGCCACCUAAACAGAAUCAAUAACGGUUAAAUGUAUGCUGUAUUUAGAAUAUUUCACCACUUUAACUCGCCAUUAGACAGCCUUUUAAGACAGGGAACUACAGCUAUUAAUUGCUUUCUUCAAAGCCACCAGACUCCAUUGACAAAAACAGUAAUUUUAGCUGUAAGGACACGGGAGCUGCUGGUCGACUGCUGCCUCGAUUUAUUAGUUUGUUUGGGUUAUUGUGUGACUUUGGGGAAUCUGAACUAAAACUUUAAACACUAAAGUCACAAAAAAACAACAACAUAAAAGCGAACUGAUUAAGGCAGCGGUAGACCAGCAGCAACUGUUGUCCAGUGAGCUUAAAUUACUGUUUUUGUCAAUGGAGUCAGGUGGCUUUAAAGAGACACUAUAUAGAUGUAACAGCUUCAGUGUCCCUUCGGAAAGAGCUGUCUGACAGCAAGGUAAGGCUGUGGAAAUAUUUUUAAUUUAGCUAACUGAAACUGAGUUGUUUUUUUCCAAGAUGGCUGAAAUACAUUUUGUUGCUUAUGUCUGCUUAAUCCUGCCUGUUUCUCCAAACUGGGGGUGUGCUGACAGACGUGUACUGUAGCUAAUAGGCUGACUAUGCAUAAAUACCUCAUACAACCUUACUUUAAAAAAAAAAAAAGACCUAUCCCUUUUCCUUUAAUCCUGCAGUAUUUAAUCUCACCACAAAAUGGAAAUAAUUGAUUAUGUCUCUUACCAAUCCUGUCCACUUCACUCUCGUUAGCCUCUCCCCAAGCUCGUCUGAUGAACUUGUGUGCAUGGAAAUGAUUCAGUAUCACCGCUUCACUAUGGAACUGAGCAGGUCAGGUCGUUUUCGGCUUUUCUCUUGAACAAGCUUGGCAGUGGGAAUCGCUUCAGGGGACUGAACCACUGAUGUUUGCGGAUCAUCCCGGUGACGUGCUUUAUUUGUUUUAUCAACUUCUUUUCCCAACGUUGUUUACUAGAUUAUUUUUAAUGCACUUGACGAAGAGUGAGAACUUAAAAAGUUGUUUAGAUUUUCUUGUGUUACUAGGUGUCGGGACCGUCCAGGAUUUCCAGUGUGUCACUUCGAUCAUAAUGAACGGGUCAGAUUUUAACUUUCAAAGGUGUCUCACUGGUAAAUGUUCAUUUAAAGCCUGUUGAUUUACACAACAAUCUUGAAUGCACACUGAGUACUUAUAAAUAUUCAAGUGACUCUCUGGAGACUCUGGACCAUGUCCCGUCUAGUCAAAUCAUUGGACCUUUUUUUUUUUAGGGACUUUGUUGUUCUGAGUUUGUCUCCUUGAUUGUUUUUAUGAUCAUUAAUGUACGUGUUGCUGCAAUUUUGUUGGUGAUGGCUUGAACUGGUGGAAAUGGAAGUGAAGGAACAGACUGUCAAUCAAAGUUGUCAGAUGUAAUCUAAAAGAUAAGACCAAGUGAAAAUAAAGUUGACCAAAUGUAAAAGAA